AUGGAGUUGCUUAUAGUUACAGUUUCUUUCACCUCAUAUUUGCAAUUGCUUCCAUGUAUGAAUCACGUAACGACUACUGGAUCCGAUGAACUCGUUAUCAUUGGGCAAUCUUAUGUCGCUGUAUGGGUAAAAAUUGUUUCCGGUUGGAUUUGUUUAUUAUUAUAUUCGUGGACACUUAUUGGACCGGUUCUUAUGCCAGAAAGAUUUGAGAUGGGAAUCGAAAAACAACCAAACCUGUCAAAUUAUACGAAGAAGCAGAUGCGUAAUUUACGCUUAUUUCUUAUAUUGUUCUUGGUCAUCGUAAUAACGUUUUUCACGUUAUCGAAUUUCACAAACGAUUAUGGGGAACUUUCUGGUAAUAAUAAUGUACAGGAUAUGAAAUGCCCACAUUAUAAAAUCAUGUUACUUAUCUAUUCGGAGGUGGAAAAUAUCGAUAAACGUGCGUUAAUGAGAGAAGGAUUGUUCGGUAUUACCGAUAAUCUGGUCCCUUGCAUGAAACAAGAUGAUGCAAUAUUUUACCGAUUCCUGAUAAAAAAGAAGAAAGAUGAAUACAUUAAUGAAAUUGUCCUGAGAAAAUAUAAAUCAGAACAAAUGGAAUAUAAUGAUAUUGGGGAAAUUGAAGUUUUGAAUGGUGAUUGGCAACUAUCUGCACUUAAAUACGCACAAUUGUUAAAAAAAACGUGCAUGUCAUUCAAUCAUUUAGUGUUGACCGAAGUUUACACUAUGAUAAAUCUUGAGAGACUUCAAAAGAAAAUCUCCUCAUCAAAAAUAGCCGACCAAACGAUCUCAAAUACACAAAAGAUUGUAUGGGGUUCGUUCAAUUCCAACAUAACGGAUAGAAUGGCUGUAAUAAUAGGAUCUUCAGCUGUUCAAACGAUCUUGGAUAAUUCGGAAGAAUAUGUAUCGACGAAUGAUACCAGCGUUAUCACCAGAUUUUAUCAUUAUCACUACGAUCAACAAACGGAAAAAAUUCCCAAUGAUUUGAUUUUGGCUAAUGAUCAAAUGGGUAUAAUAGAAUGGCCAAAUUCGAUCAAUAGCAUACCUUGCAUAGAUUGUGCAAUAGCCAUAGGCAAUAUCUAUCAAGAUUGGGAAUUUCGGAAGAUUAAAAAAGAGCUGAACAUUUUAACAAUAAAUCCUUGUAAGGUACGAUCUGACCUUAAAAGGUAUUCAAGGGGGACUACGAGUAAUUUAAGGCCCAAAAUCGUCGUGGCGACAAGUAGCUUUUUAUAUCAUGAUAAUUGUAUGUCGGAGGCCGCCUCUCUUUCCGCGCAGAAUAAACGGGAAUACGCCGAAAAGCAUGGGUAUGCGUUCGUGCCUCGUUCUAGCGAAUACGCUCAACAAAACUAUCGAAAGAGGGAGGAAGUUUGGGGUAAGAUCGACGCCGUUGAGAAAAUUUUACCUUAUUAUGAAUGGUUAAUUUGGUUAGACAUGGACGCUAUUUUUACCAAUAGGACUUUAUCGGUUGAAAAUUUGUUGGAGAUGUGUACGGAAAGGGUUGGUGGAAAAGAAGCAUUUGAAAACAUCAAUUUCAUUGUGGCUAGACCCAUUGGGGAUGACAUGAUUAAUGCCGGUGUUUUCUUGAUUAGAAAUACCGAAUGGGCGGUGGAUUUCAUCAGGGAUGGUAUACAAGCUAGGAGGGAUCGUGCAUAUCGGGGUAUGAAAGAGCAACAGGCCAUGCGUGACGCAAUUAAACACCCAAGAUGGGAACCAAAUGUGUUGUUUUUAGAUGGGGAUGAUCAUACGAUAAAUACGUUUCCUGAUAGAUACAUUCUGGGUGAUUACAUUGUACAUUAUGCCCCUGAAAAGGGGUGCCCUGCCAAUCCUUUAAUCGUUGGCAUAACAAAAGUUAGAGUGAUGGAGCAGAACCCUGAGAAUGAAAUACAAACACCUUUUUAA